UUGUGUGGCGUUGGCUCAGCUCCAUAUCUCUCUCUCUCUCUCUCUCUCUCUCUCUCUCUCUAAAUUAUCUUUUCGCCUCCUUCGUUUCAAUCCCUCGCUUAUUUGUCCGAAACCGAACGUUUGGCCUCCACACGAAACGCUUUUCUGAUUCUCCUAAGCUCAGCUCACGGAAACUCCAAGUAAUGAGCUUUUGAUUGUGUCCCGCUUUGGUUUUGGUGAAUUCUUGGUGAGCUAUUCUGGGGUGUGUGUUUUGUGGGUUGUUUAAUGCUGAGCUCGAUUCAAUGAGAUUGCUCUGUUCCCUUACAAAUGGCCUCUGCUUCUUCCUUUCCAGUUUCGUUAGAACGCGUAAACGCGUGUAAAUCAUCAAAGUGGGAUGGGAGUGGAAGAUAUGAUUGUAGUGUUCUAUCGUGUGCGUGGAAGGCGCCGAGAGCCUUGACCGGUUUCCUUGCGUGCACAGCUCACCCACCUCAGUGCUCCUCGUCAUCUUACGGGCGAAAUGGAAGAAGAAACCGGAGUAAUUCUAGAUGUGAUGCCUUUAAUGAUAGAGGUUGGUAUUCAAGUGAAGCUUCAGACUUUUUUCUUCUUGGAAGACUCUUUAAACCAAGAUUGCUUCAUGUUGUUGGUAAGAGAUGUCACAGGUGCUGUUCUUCUUCCUUCUCUUCGGAUGCCUUCAAUGAGGUUUCUCCUGAAAGGUUGUGGGAGGAUCUUAAGCCCAGUAUUUCAUACCUUUCAUCUAAAGAGCUUGAAUUCGUCCGGAAGGCUCUUCAGCUGGCUUUUGAGGCUCAUGAUGGCCAAAAGAGACGCAGUGGAGAGCCGUUCAUUAUUCAUCCAGUUGAAGUUGCUCGUAUACUAGGAGAACUUGAAUUGGAUUGGGAGUCCAUUGCUGCUGGAUUACUACAUGACACGGUUGAGGAUACAAAUGUUGUUACUUUUGAAAGAUUAGAGGAGGAGUUUGGUGCUACCGUGCGCCGCAUAGUAGAAGGAGAGACUAAGGUAUCUAAACUGGGAAAACUGAAGUGUAAAAAUGAAAAUGAUUCAGUACAAGAUGUAAAAGCUGAUGACCUACGUCAGAUGUUUCUUGCCAUGACAGAGGAGGUCCGUGUUAUCAUUGUUAAACUAGCUGAUAGAUUACAUAACAUGCGAACUCUUUCUUACAUGCCUCCACAUAAGCAGUCCAGCAUAGCAAUGGAGACUUUGCAGGUCUUUGCUCCUCUGGCGAAGUUGCUUGGGAUGUACCAAAUCAAGUCAGAACUUGAAAAUCUAUCCUUCAUGUACACAAAUGCUGAAGAUUAUGCUAAAGUCAAGAGAAGAAUUGCAGACCUCUAUAAAGAACAUGAGAAAGAACUUGUGGAGGCAAACAAAAUUUUGAUGAAGAAGAUUGAGGAUGAUCAGUUUCUAGACCUUAUGACAGUGAAAACUGAAGUUCGCUCUGUAUGUAAGGAGCCAUACAGUAUAUAUAAAUCUUUCCUCAAAUCUAAAGGCUCUAUCAAUGAGCUUAAUCAAAUUGCACAGCUUCGUAUUAUCAUUAAACCAAAGGCAAACAUUGGAGUUGGGCCAUUAUGCAAUCCACAGCAGAUUUGCUACCAUGUUCUUGGGUUGGUCCAUGGAAUCUGGACCCCUGUUCCCCGAGCUGUCAAAGACUACAUAGCAACCCCAAAACCUAAUGGCUAUCAGAGUCUGCACACAACCAUGAUUCCCUUUCUGUAUGAGAGCAUGUUUAGGCUAGAAGUUCAGAUAAGAACUGAAGAGAUGGACCUUAUAGCUGAGAGAGGCAUUGCUGCUCAUUAUACUGGGAAAGUAUUUUUUAGUGAUUUAGUUGGACAUGCAAUGCCUAAUGGUAGAAGUUCAAGAGGAAAGACUGUCUGUCUCAACAAUGCAAACAUUGCUCUCAGGGUUGGCUGGCUCAAUGCAAUCAGAGAAUGGCAAGAGGAGUUUGUUGGCAACAUGAGUUCUAGGGAAUUUGUUGACACUAUCACCAGAGAUCUGUUAGGUAGCCGUGUCUUUGUGUUUACGCCAAGGGGAGAGAUUAAGAACCUGCCUAAGGGGGCAACGAUUAUUGACUACGCAUAUAUGAUACACACUGAAAUUGGCAACAAGAUGGUGGCUGCAAAGGUCAACGGUAAUCUUGUUUCUCCUAUGCAUGUUCUUGCAAAUGCGGAAGUUGUGGAGAUAAUCACCUAUAAUGCACUCUCGAGCAAAUCAGCUUUCCAGAGGCAUAAGCAAUGGGUGCAGCAUGCUAAAACGCGUAGUGCCAGACACAAAAUUAUCAAAUUUCUGAGGGAGCAAGCUGCACUAUCUGCUGCUGAAAUAACUGCAGAUACAGUAACGGACUUCGUUGCUGAUUCUGAAGAGGAGAGGGAGGCAGAAGAGCUCCCAGAUCCUUCCAAGGGGAGCAAACCUAUGUGGGAGAAAAUCCUUAUGGAUGCUGUGGAUAUAUCAUCCCCACGAAGAAAAAAUGGAAGCAUUUGGGCCCCCAAGGUUAAUGGAAAACAUAGUAAGCAUGUGCAGCAUGUAAGUUUGAAGGUCAAAGGGGAGUUAUUAUCAGAGGGAAAUGGUGUUGCCAAGAUCAUGCAAGCUAACAUUCCACUGUACAAAGAAGUCUUGCCUGGUUUGGGAAGUUGGCAAGCCAGCAAGAUUGCCUCUUGGCACAGUCUUGAAGGGCACUCCAUCCAAUGGUUUUGUGUGGUGUGCAUAGAUCGAAGAGGCAUGAUGGCUCAGGUCACAACAGCAUUGGCAGCUGCAGGCAUUGCUAUAUGUUCUUGCGUGGCUGAGAUUGAUGGAGGAAGGGGAAUGGCUGUCAUGUUAUUUCACGUUGACGGAAACGUGGACUGUCUGGUUAAUGCUUGCUCAAGCAUAGAUCUAAUCCUCGGUGUUUUGGGAUGGUCUACUGGUUGCAGCUGGCCUAGCUCAAUUGAGACCCAUCAAUUUCUUGAAUGCUAAAUGAUAAGCCGAGCCAAUGAGCCCAAGAAGUUUACCCAGCAACACCUGGGUGUGAAGUUUUGUCCUCAGAAAAAAUCUGAUUCGGGUGUGUCAUAUCUUAGUUUUUGAGUAUAUAGUUCCUUAGUUGUCAUCUAUUGGUUGGAUAUUACUUCACAAAUAAACCUGCAGCAGCCAAAGAGCUUAGUCUGUGGAUUGAGGGCACUGUAUAUAGAAACAAAGAGUGAUAGAGUAAGAGGAGGUAUACACUAUAAAGAUUUUGAGACGACAGUACAGAAAAACCAUUAUAGGAAGGGUUGUGAGAAUCUCUUGCUAUAUAAAUUUUUUCCCUUGAUAUACACUAUGACUCUAUUAUCUUCUCCCCCCUUGUGUAUUUUCUUACAAUUUUUUCUUGAUGCAUUAUUGGAAGUAGAUGCUUUAUUUUUCUCA